UAUCUGCGGGGGUGUAUGGCUGCUUUGCGCCGCGUCGGAUAUGGUCCAAUCCGCGCUGGUAAAAAAACCCUAGCGCUCAGAUCUCGGCCGUGGCCGAGUCGAUCCGUUUCCGCUUGCCAUCUCAUUCUCGGCCUCUCCACCUCCUCGUCCCGUGUCCUACGCCGCUGCCUCCACUUGGGGCGGAAUCGGAUGGGUUCCCACAAGGAGAAGGCAGCCACCGCAAAAUUGUCGCCGGAAGCCCCCUCCAAGGGCCCACCAGAACUGCCACCGACGCCGUUGACUGCGGUCCACCCCAUGCAGUCCUUAUACGGACACGGAGUCCCGGCCGUUAUGGCCCAGGCCUUCUAUUCGCCUUCGCCGGUCGCCGCGGCGCAGCCGGUGGUCUGGGGACCUCAGCAAGUGAUGCCGCCACCCUUCGGAAGCCCGAUCCCUUACGCUUCGUUCUACCCGCACGGAGGAUUUUAUGCUCAGCCUCCUCAGAUGAACGCGGGCAUGGCUUAUUGGACGACUGAAACUGAAGGGAGACCCUCGGAGCAGAAGGACCAGCGUCCAGUGAGCAAGGAUGUUUCUGGAGGGGAAUCUCUGGGCAAACGAGAGAAUAAUGAUAUAGGAACCUCCAGUGUCGGGGAGGAUGCCUCGCAGAGCGAUCAUACUGAAACAGAGGGGUCAUCUGAUACCGUAGGAGACGAUGGGCAACCAAAGGAGCAUUUCUCGAAUAGAAAGAGAAGUCAUGAAACUGUAGUUCCAAAAGGUGGAACCUUUCAGUCCCUCAGCAAUGAUGAAUAUAGUGGUGCUAAUGCUCAAUCUUCUUAUAGUGGAAGAGUGCGAACUGCCAAAAAACUUCCAGUCUCUGCCCCAGGAAGAGCAGCACUGUCUGGUUCUCAAAAUAAUAUUGAAAUGGAUUUGUUGAGUUCUUCCCUUUCUGGAUCUGUCCCCAUGUAUGCUAGGUCUAAUGGGGCAAAUUCAGGAACCAUAAUGGAUGAACGUGAACUGAGGAGAGAAAAACGAAAACAAUCUAACAGGGAAUCAGCUAGAAGAUCAAGGAUGAGGAAGCAGCAAGAAUGCGAAGAAUUGGCAAGGAAAGUGAAUGACUUGAACAACGAGAACACUGCCCUCAGACUAGAACUUCAAAAUCUCAAGAAGCUGUGUGAGGAAAUGGAAACCGAGAACAGAACAUUGACGGAGGAUCUAAAACAAACUCAAGGAGCAGAGCUUUUGUCUGAGCUCAGCAUUGGCGUAAACCAAUCAGGAGACUCAUGAAGUUAACAUUUUCCAAAACCUAAUCAAAUUCUAGACGGUCUAAUGGGGCUUCUUGGUAACUUUGUUCUACGUCCAAUUCACUGGCGUUCCACCUGUGAUACUUUUUUUGUUCAUUGAGAUGGUCUUUCUUUCCCAUAGCUGGCUACAUAUUUUAGAGAUUCAAGUUAAACACUUUUACUUUUUUACCACAAGAGAAUUGCAGCUUCUUGUGCCAAGCUGUUUUACCUGAUGUGUGGAGUAAUUUAGUGUGCUUUCCGCUUGAAAAAUCAGUGGGAAAUGUGCGUUAUAAUCCUAAUUCUACUUUAAUCUUGUGUAAAAUAACUGUUGAAAUAUAAUUCUCAGUGAAUCAAAAUCAAAUAUGGUUGAUGGUUUUGCACUAUCUGUUCAUGCAGUGUGGCUGUGUGCGCGCGCGCGCACUUUGCUGUCAGUUUGUCUUGAAAAGAGAAUGGAUGCUGACUCAUCUUUAUUUAUCUUUUUGCAUCAGACCUGACUCAGCUAUAGAAUUACUGAUGUCUACUUUGAAAGGAUGGAAGUUAGGGCUCAUCUUUUGGUUCCACAGCCAUAUCUUCCUAAUGGCUAUCAAGUUGGAACUUCAAAAAGAUGAUUCAUCAGGAGCUCCAUAUGCACUACAAUACAAGAGAAGAUGAAGUCUUAUACCAGGAGCUCUUUACAGUGAUCUAAAGGAA